AUGACGACCCCGGACUGGAGAUCAUCUGUGACGGCCACAGAACGAUAUGACAAGAUCCAAAAUAUCCAAUCUUGUAUCGACAAAAAUGCUGCCACGGCGGAGGGAAAGAGUGCAUUUGCCAUUGAGAUGGAAGCUUACACGGCAUCGUCAUCACGAGAGGAGUACGAAAAUGCGUGUGACAUACUGAGGAACGCCUCGAAACUGGCUAGCGACGAUGAGAGCUCAUCAUUCUCUCCCGCAGCUUACCAUGGCUCAGAGACGGCAGCGUCCGGGGUCAGGAUCGGCACGCACAAUAAUUGCCAAUACAUCGCCAGCGGCGUCACGGCCGAAGUCUACCGGUGCGACACCCGGGCCUUCAAGGUCAUCGUCGAGACGCACAACAUUGCGCCGCACGAUCCCAUCCGCGAGUCCCGGAUCCUCGCAGAGCUUUCAAGGCCCUGCAUCCCACUGUUGGAGACUUUCAGAGACCACGAGCAGCGGCUGGUGCUUGUGUUCCCAUACAUGCCUCUCAGUCUCGAGGCGCAGCUGCAGCAGAAAGGCGAGGCCGGGCUCACACGCGAACGGAUACGAUCGCACUUUCGAGAUAUCUUCACUGCGCUGCGACAGAUUCACGGCAAAAAUAUCAUCCACAGAGACAUCAAGCCUUCAGCAGUCCUCCUGAAGUCCCCCGAUGGGCCGGCAUAUCUCUCCGAUUUUGGGACGGCCUGGCACCCUCAACUGUCCUCCGCCACCGAGCCACAGGAUUCCAAGAUCCUCGACAUUGGCACGGGGCCUUAUCGUGCACCGGAAGUCCUGUUUGGUGACAAAGGAUACGGCACAGCGGUGGACAUGUGGGGUGCCGGCGCUAUGUUGGUUGAGUGUUGCCGACCUUCCCAUGUGCCGCUUUUUGAAUCAAGGGCAGCGCAUGAGGAUGGCAAUCAACUGGGACUCAUCCUGAGUAUUUUCAAAACUAUCGGCAGCCCUACACCGGACACUUGGCCCGAGGCUGUAAAUUUUAAGACGCCGCCAUUUCAGAUGUACCAGACAAUACAAGGCAAAACAUGGGAUGAAAUUCUGGACGGCGUUCAGCCUGAUUUUUCUGACCUUGUUCGGGUACUGAUAAAAUAUGAAAGCAAAAGUAGAGCCACUGCCGCUCAGGCUCUAGAAUUUGACUGUCUCCAAUAA